AUGCUGGUGGGCGACUCGGGGGUCGGCAAGACCUGCUUGCUGGUGCGGUUCAAGGACGGUGCCUUCCUCGCUGGCAGCUUCAUUUCCACAGUUGGAAUUGACUUCAGGAACAAGGUGCUGACAGUGGAUGGGGUGAAGGUGAAGCUGCAGAUCUGGGACACGGCCGGGCAGGAGCGAUUCCGCAGCGUCACCCACGCCUACUACCGGGAUGCCCACGCCCUGCUCCUGCUCUACGAUGUCACCAACAAAGCGUCGUUCGACAACAUCCAGGCUUGGCUGACAGAGAUUCAUGAAUACGCACAGCAAGACGUGGUCCUCAUGUUACUGGGAAACAAGGUGGAUUCAGCCCAGGACAGAGUGGUGAAAAGGGAAGAUGGAGAAAAAUUAGCCAAGGAAUGUGGCGUGCCCUUCAUGGAGACCAGCGCCAAAAGUGGCCUCAAUGUUGAAUUAGCAUUCACAGCCAUCGCAAAGGAACUGAAGCACAGGUCCAUGAAGCUGCCCAACGAGCCCAAAUUCAAGCUCCACGACUACGUGAAGAAGGAAGUGAGAGGCUCAGGCUGCUGCAGGUCCUAA